AUGGCGUCCAACCCCGAGCGGGGGGAGAUCCUGCUCACGGAGCUCCAGGGAGAUUCCCGAAGUCUUCCAUUUUCUGAGAAUGUGAGUGCUGUUCAAAAAUUAGACUUUUCAGAUACAAUGGUGCAACAGAAAUUGGAUGAUAUAAAGGAUCGAAUCAAGAGAGAAAUAAGGAAAGAACUGAAAAUCAAAGAAGGAGCUGAAAAUCUGAGGAAAGUCACAACAGAUAAAAAAAGUUUGGCUUAUGUGGACAACAUUUUGAAAAAGUCAAAUAAAAAAUUAGAAGAACUGCAUCACAAGCUACAAGAACUAAAUGCACAUAUUGUUGUAUCAGAUUCAGAAGACGUUACAGAUUGCCCAAGGACUCCAGACACUCCCAGUAGUGACCCUCGUUGUUCUACUAGCAAUAACAGAUUGAUGGCCUUAAAAAAACAAUUGGAUAUAGAGCUUAAAGUAAAACAAGGUGCAGAGAACAUGAUACAAAUGUAUUCAAAUGGAUCUUCAAAGGAUCGGAAACUCCAUGGCACAGCUCAGCAACUGCUCCAGGAUAGCAAGACAAAAAUAGAAGUGAUACGAAUGCAGAUUCUUCAGGCAGUCCAGACCAAUGAAUUGGCUUUUGACAAUGCAAAACCCGUCAUAAGUCCUCUUGAACUUCGGAUGGAAGAAUUAAGGCAUCAUUUUAGGAUAGAGUUUGCAGUCGCAGAAGGUGCAAAGAAUGUAAUGAAAUUACUUGGCUCAGGAAAAGUAACAGACAGAAAAGCACUUUCAGAAGCUCAAGCAAGAUUUAAUGAAUCAAGUCAGAAGUUGGACCUUUUAAAGUAUUCAUUAGAACAAAGAUUAAAUGAACUUCCCAAGAAUCAUCCCAAAAGCAGUGUCAUUAUUGAGGAGCUUUCACUUGUUGCAUCACCAACACUAAGUCCACGUCAAAGUAUGAUAUCUACACAAAAUCAAUAUAGUACACUAUCCAAACCAGCAGCACUAACAGGUACUUUGGAAGUUCGUCUUAUGGGCUGUCAAGAUAUCCUAGAAAAUGUUCCUGGACGGUCAAAAGCAACAUCAGUUGCACUACCUGGUUGGAGUCCAAGUGAAACCAGAUCAUCUUUCAUGAGCAGAACGAGCAAAAGUAAAAGUGGAAGUAGUCGAAAUCUCCUAAAGGCCGAUGACUUAUCAAAUGAUGUCUGCGCAGUUUUGAAGCUAGAUAAUACUGUGGUUGGUCAAACUAGCUGGAAACCCAUUUCCAAUCAGUCAUGGGACCAGAAGUUUACACUGGAACUAGACAGGUCACGUGAACUGGAAAUCUCGGUUUAUUGGCGUGAUUGGCGAUCUCUGUGUGCUGUAAAAUUUCUGAGGUUAGAAGAUUUCUUAGACAACCAGCGGCAUGGCAUGUGUCUCUAUUUGGAACCACAGGGCACUUUGUUUGCAGAGGUUACCUUUUUUAACCCAGUUAUUGAAAGAAGACCAAAACUCCAACGACAAAAGAAAAUUUUUUCAAAACAGCAAGGCAAAACAUUUCUUAGAGCUCCUCAAAUGAAUAUUAAUAUUGCCACUUGGGGAAGACUAGUGAGAAGAGCUAUUCCUACAGUAAAUCAUUCUGGCACCUUUAGCCCUCAAACACCUGGGCCUGCUACAGUGCCAGUGGUUGAUGUACGCAUUCCAGAGCUAGCACCUCCAGCUAGUGAUUCUACAGUAACUAAAUUGGACUUUGAUCUUGAACCUGAACCUCCUCCCGCCCCACCACGUGAUUCUUCCCUUGGAGAAAUGGAUGAAUCUGCUGAAUUAAGAGAUUUGGAUGCACCAGAACAGGACUCAGAAACUGUUUUUGAAAAUGAAAGAAAUAAUAUACGUCCAAAAUCUCAAUCAGAAUUUGAAGCUGACAUUCCUCAAUCAAGCCUAGAAUAUAGUAGAGUUCAAGAACUUGAUGAUAGAAGAUCUCAACAAAUGUUACAGUUUAAUUUACAAGACUUCAGAUGUUGUGCUGUCUUGGGCAGAGGACAUUUUGGAAAGGUGCUUUUGGCUGAAUAUAAACACACAAAUGAGAUGUUUGCUAUAAAGGCCUUAAAGAAAGGAGACAUUGUAGCUCGAGACGAAGUAGACAGCCUGAUGUGUGAAAAAAGAAUUUUUGAAACUGUGAAUAGUGUAAGGCAUCCAUUUUUGGUGAACCUUUUUGCAUGUUUCCAAACCAAAGAGCAUGUUUGCUUUGUAAUGGAAUAUGCUGCCGGUGGGGACCUAAUGAUGCACAUUCAUACUGAUGUCUUUUCUGAACCAAGAGCUGUAUUUUAUGCUGCAUGUGUAGUUCUUGGGCUGCAGUAUUUACAUGAACACAAAAUUGUUUAUAGAGAUUUGAAAUUGGAUAACUUAUUGCUAGAUACAGAAGGCUUUGUGAAAAUUGCUGAUUUUGGCCUUUGCAAAGAAGGAAUGGGAUAUGGAGAUAGAACAAGCACAUUUUGUGGCACUCCUGAAUUUCUUGCCCCAGAAGUAUUAACAGAAACAUCUUAUACAAGGGCUGUAGAUUGGUGGGGCCUUGGUGUACUAAUAUAUGAAAUGCUUGUCGGAGAGUCUCCCUUUCCUGGUGAUGAUGAAGAGGAGGUUUUUGACAGUAUUGUAAAUGAUGAAGUAAGGUAUCCAAGGUUCUUAUCUACAGAAGCCAUUUCCAUAAUGAGAAGGCUAUUAAGAAGAAAUCCUGAGAGGCGUCUUGGAGCUGGUGAGAAAGAUGCAGAGGAUGUUAAAAAGCACCCAUUUUUCCGACUAAUCGAUUGGAGUGCUCUGAUGGACAAAAAAGUAAAGCCGCCGUUUGUACCUACCAUUCGAGGACGGGAAGACGUUAGUAACUUUGAUGAUGAAUUUACCUCAGAAGCACCUAUUCUGACUCCCCCUCGAGAACCAAGGAUACUUUCAGAAGAGGAGCAAGAAAUGUUCAGAGAUUUUGACUACAUUGCUGAUUGGUGUUAA